GGAGGAUCUGAGACGAAGUUCCAGAUUGGGCCAGUUGGUGACCACAGCUGCCCCAACACAUGUGAAUCUGGUCAGACAGCAUCAUAUUGUCCUUAGUUUACCAUCAUCGCUUGGCCUGGCAAGAGUUCCCAGUCUCCAGUGUCUACGGAGGAAGUGUCUUUCUCAUAGUACGUAGUUCCAGAGGCCGCAGAGGUGCUAAGUGACGCUUUUUCUUAAUUUCGGGACUAAUGGUUCAAGAAUUCAAAGAGACACAUAAAAUACUACGAAAAGAAGACGCAAUAGCUGAUACUCAAGCCCGUAACACCUGAACAAAGGCCAUGACACCUGAACAAAACCCCAACACCAGGAGAAACACUAACACCUUUAACUGAAGAAUAAUUGAGACUCUAACACUACAGAAGGUAGCCGCCACAUGCCACAGAAGCCAUGGCCAUAUAUCAGCAGAAAAGAGUCCUCGCACUGGUGUUAGGAUUUCUUUGCCUUGUCUAUGCCUUCCUCCUUUUCGGCUUCUCAGCCAGACAGCAAUGGGUUUCCAAAAAGAUGGUCGAGAACGCAGUCUUCCAUCUACAAAGGGCGGUACUCAAUAACUUCCUGGAGAAGUACAGAAACCUUCCAAUAAACGCAACAGCUUCCAGGAAAAAAGAGCAGGCUGAACCUCACCCUACGCCGCUAGAGGAUCCCCUCCAGUACCCUUCAGAGACUAAUUGUUUUCCUUAUUUUAAUGAGCUGCAUGUUCAGCCUGUUCCAGAGCACGAUUGUGACCAGCCUUACGUCACCGUCAACCAUGCAGGGCGUCUGGGCAACAAGAUGUGUCAGUACGCCAGCCUCUACCUCCUGCGUCACCUGUUUGGAGUCCGGCUGACUAUCCUCAAGCAGGUGUCCACACUCGAUGAAAUGUACACAACUCUUGACAAAAUCUUCAAGAACAUUGUCACGCCAGUCAAGAAACCAGCCUGCUUUGUUGGCAAGCCUAAGGGCAUCUCUUACAUGGGGCUGUAUGACAAGUUGUACAGGACUGCUGCUCAGGUCUUGAGCAACACCUCCUCCAGUUUCAUCCCUGAGCCUCUGCUGAACACUUCCUACCACAUCUAUGACUAUCCCCGACCACAAGACCUCUUACUGGAGCACCGAAAGUUGAUUCAAUCUCUUUUUAAGUUCCGAGAUGAGGUCAUGGAGAAUGCCAUACUGAAUAUCAACAAUGCUCUUAGGAGUUUCAAUGCGACGUAUCACCACAGGGACUUCCCAAUUGUCACUGUUCACGUCAGACGGACGGACUACGAGAAGCACAUGAAGAACCUGUUCAAUCUGACACAGCUAAAUAAACAUUAUUACACCAACGCCUUUAAGUUCUACAAGAAACGGUUGAAGCGCCCUCUCUUUCUGGUGGCAAGUGACGAUCCAAAAUGGUGCAGGGAGAAUCUGCUGGCAAAGGAUGUGAUAGUCAUUGCUUCAAAAGUCCCAGCGGAAGACAUGGCGGCGAUGACUUUGGGAGAUCAUCAUAUUAUAAGCUACGGGACCUUCAGCUUCAUGGGAGCCUUGCUGGGGAAUGGCAACAUAACACACCCGCUUACCACCAACCCUCGCUACCGUUUCGUGAAGUGUAUCAAGUCCCCAGUCUUUCAUAACGUUCCCAGGAGUAAGAAACAAAGCUAUUACAAACGAAGGUGAUUUAGUGUUGGCAAUAGUGUUUGUCUAUUUUGUUGUUAGUUUAUUUAUUAAUUAGAUUUUACUUUCUUUAUGGUUUUGUUUACUUAUUUUUCUUUACUGGAUGUUUCAUGUUUUUUUUGUUUUUUUUCCUUCAAAGUUUCUAGUUUUUCAUGAAUUUAUAUUUUGCUUCAUUGAUUAUUUUCUCUUAGACAGUGUUUCCAGCAAUGUUUUUCUCCUUCUUUAAAACUAUUUCUUUAUUCUUUCUUUAUUGGACGAUGUUUUCAAGAAUAUCUCUUUUAUAGAAAAAAAAAAAUUCAUAGAUUCUUUCUCUCUUAGACGGAAUAAAAAAAAAUCAAUACUUUCAAACUGCUUUCUUUUGUCAUUUUCUUCUGCAAUGCACCGUUUUUAAUAUGCACUAUCUUUUAUACGAUUUCUUUGUUUUCUUUUUAUAUAUCACAGUGCUUCCAAUAAAUAUACAGAUCUUUGUAGGUGGCAUUAUCAUUACUGUCUGUUUUUUUUUUUUUUUUUUUCAUUCUCUCUGUCAAACAAUGUACAAUAUGUUAGAUGGUUGUUAUGUUGUGUUAUGCAACGAAAUAAAGAGGAAACAGUUU